GCGCUGCAGCUUCCUUGUAAAUUGGGUCGUGUGGUUCCAGCGACUAUCCCACCUUCUGUACCUCCUGACCAGAUUACAACUGCUUUGAAAAGUUGAGAGAAGCCCGACGACUUCCUCCAGCCAACAAACGACCGAAAGCGAUCAUCCGUCUUGCCUCCCAGCAACUUCCGAGUUAACCCCUCCACCCGCGUCACCCCCCGCCACGGAAAUCAUUCGCUUCCAACAACACUCUAUCGGUUCUGUCAUAACACUUGCAAAUAUUCGAUGGGCCACGGGCUUGCUCAUAACAUCUACUUUGACAAACGACAGAAGCUUUUACAGGAUUAUUGCUUACCCCAAAAGACUUUCGGCCACCGGACUACGAACGCACCGCUUUCUGCAGUGGCUCUCACCCCUGGGCCCUUCAGCUCGCCCUCUAGGAGUAUCCACCGCCCGCUUUCGAUGGAAGCUUGAACGGAUCAACUUUGGCUCUCUCGAACAUACCACCUGACGGGGGGCGUGAUUACGGCAACACUACACAACGAUAACUGGAAGCCGGGGACACCAUGGCGGACGAAUCCAUGCUCACGAAUAAGGAGCAGGAGGCUCAUAAGAUGGCGACAGAAACUGGGAUUGUCUUUCCGGACAAUUUGAUGCUGAUCAGGGCCCUGAGAAAGCACAACAACAAUGUCAAUGCCGUUGUUGAAGAGUGGUUUACACUUUGUGGUACCGAUGAAUGGGUGUCGAGAUAUAAGGAUAAACCUUCUACUGAUAAAUCCGCUACUACUGGCUGGGAUAGCUGGGAGGAAAUGCCUGGGUUGGAGGCGACAGAAACGUCGAAUAUCACGCCGUUGUUGGGGGCGGAGUCAUCACCUUCUUUCAGGAUACAAGGCGAGGAUGAGGUCCUGUACGGUCAGACUCCUGGAACCACGGGCGCGCCUCCCACACGUGUCCCAUCCAGAGCGGACAACAGGGCCCCAACAUCCAAAGAGCAGGAAGACGAGGAUAUUCAAAAGGCCGUAGCGGCAUCGCUCGCAGCGCAGAAACCAACACUACCUCCUAGGCCCUCGUCCUCAGCUAAGGGUCAAUUUGGGCCGGCCACCAGAGAGCACUACUCGGAGGAAGAAUGGGCGGUGACCAGUCAUUAUCCGCCGCCACUCGAAGAUGAGGUACCGACUUGCCGACAAAGAAAACCAGGCCUGCCCGUGUUUCUCAGGCGCCGGCCGAACCACAAUAGUCAUCUGUUGGGCGGUCUACUGAUGAUCUUACAACGAAUUCCUGCGGCGCGGAAUACUUUGCUCAGGAUCGGUGAUGAGCCAGCAUGGGGAUACCGUUGUUCACAGGAUUGGUGGAAGGGCGAGCCGAUCACGGUUAACGGACCGCGAUGGGAAUUUGAAGUUCACCGUCUAAUGGCUUUUCUGGAGGGGACAACGCGCUCAUAUGCGACAGCUGAUAUUUUGGCGCAGUUCCCAGAACCUGAAAGGUACUUCGACGACGAUGAAGAAAAGGAGUUCCUUCACAGAUUUGCAUACAACAAUGCUCUGCGGGACGUCGAAGGUUCUUCAUCGACAGUGGGCUACUCGGUUCUGAUGUCGGAAGUUGAGGUCGUUCCGAUCCAGGACAUUACAGUGCACCAGUCGGAGGACCAGUUUGGUCUUUUAGAUUUAUUCAUACCCGCUCCCCUCCACCACAUCGAUACCAAGUAUGAAGCAAAGUCGCCAAAGACCUUGUACGAUUAUUUGGACCUCCUGUUUUAUCCGGACGUUCCGGUGGCGGCUGAGGAUCUGGAUCAAGGCAUGCUAGCUAUGAUUCGACAUCCAUCUUCAGUGUUGACUCUGCGGACCAGAGACAGCCGUAUAACCGACAUCGAAAUUCCAGAAAUCUUUCACCUUGACCGAUACAUGGCAUGUAAUCGGGAGAGGCUUGCGGAAAUCGCAAGGGAGCAGAUUGAUCUGUACCGCAGAAAGACGAAUGGGUUGAAAACGGCAGAGGGCGAGGCGACACGCAAGGAGUUGGCUCUAGCGACUAUAAAGUCGCUGAAGGAUAAAAUCGAAAGCAUGAGAAAAGGAGCUCUUUGGAGGAACUAUAACGAUGCUUUCCGCAAUGCUGAAGAUGUCAUGUAUCUGCCUUCUUCACAGGAUGAGCCAUCGUGGUCGGACGAGGAGAAGGAAAUUCUUGCUCAUUACCGGACGAGAAUCAAGCAGCUUGAACAGGUCAUCGCUAGGGCCGAGAGCGUGACAGAGAAGCUCAAUGAGGAGAUUUUCCACCCGAUAGCAGCGAAGUCUGAGGCGAAUUCUGCAAAGUUCACCACCCCGUCUGACGACCCAGCCUGGAAUCCCACAUACAAGUAUACGCUUGUUGGCGCGGUGAUAGGGGAUUCUCAAGUUCUGUUGCGAUGGACGGGGGAGCCAUUGGAUGAUAUCAUCCAGGAGGGCUCGUCUCCAGGAGUGGAGGAUACCGGUGGGUGGUGGCUUAAGAUGUCUUAUCGCAACAGGGUUGAGUAUGAGUUUUUGAAGCUCAAGUCCGUGCUCGCCAUGUGGAACAAAUCAAAGGAGAACCGCAUGUUGGUAUAUGCGACUGAUUCGGCCAUGAAUGAGAAAUACGACCCUCUUCCGGACAAGCUCCAGAAGUUUGUCAAGGACGAUAAUCACUUUUUCAAGAAGGAGCUGCAGACGGAUCAGUCCCAGCGUCCACCAGAGGCGGAAGCAUCCAAGAAGCGAGGGGCCGACGAUCAGUGGGCUGGCAUUGCUGGACCUGGAAAGCUGCAGAGGUCGGCUAGCCUUGAUACCUUGUCUUCCAACAGGGCUUCGGCUGGAUCUGGAGGGGACAAGGAUGAUGAAAUGAUGCUGGAUGUUGUUGGGGAUGGGGCGGAUGGUGGUGAACCGGUGGGUGGGAAAGGGGUAAGUGUGGCGGUUCAGGAGAUGGUGGAACGCCGCACUUCUGCCUUUUUCCCAAUAAUUGCGAGUGCUGACGCUUAUGAGAUUGCUCAGGGCGACGCUGCUACGAAAACGAGUGUGAACGAGGUGGGUGGGAAUGGAGGUGGCGGGAGUUUAGCUGAUCCUAUUACGAACAAUGGAGAUGGGGAUAGGAUGGUUACGGAUUGAAUUGAAUGGGAUAAUAGAGGAUCCUUGUUUGAGAGGCCACUGUUGUGAUGUUUCUGUAGCAGCGUGGACAGAUGAUACCAUUUGAGAAGUUUAGCGAAAAUCAUUGCAGACAGAAGGCAGGGGAUCAGAAUACACGGAGCGGUUCGAGUUAAUAGACUUGGUGGUGUGGAAGUUGGGGAUA